AUGGAAACCUAUGGUGCUUGCGUCGUCGGCCUUGCACCAGAAUGUUUGCAGCCGCUGCCCAACAUGAGUGGCAAGUUUAUGGGGGCACUCUCGGUACCGACGCUCGGGACUGAAAACUCCAACGCGACGCCAUGUGCGAAACCCGUUGUGCUCGCAGUGUGGAGGGCGGCUCCGCAGCCGCUCGUGCACGUACCAAACUGUUGCAGAGCUGACGUGUUUCUCUCGUUUGACCAGGGCGCUUCCUGGGUUGCAGCCGCAAGCCUGGACCCCGGGCAGAACUCUUGUCUGGUGGUGAUUCCGGCAGCGUUUCUGGAACAGACUUGGCGUAGCUCUAAAGUUCCAGGCCACGCUAUUCUUCAAGUUGGUAUUAGUGUAGAAGAUGCCAGUGUUGUUCCACGACCUGCUCAGGCCACCGGACUCACCCAGGUGGGUUUCGGGGAACAUCCGCUUGCCGCCACCGCAGCCGGUACCGGUGUCGUGCCGCCGGGUUUACCGCAGGCGCUGGCGCGCGACCUCUACCAGUUUCUGCAUAGCUUUGAUACGACGUUACCAGAGCGUUGUUCUCCUCUGCUUGAUCGAUGGCUGAAGCGUGUCGAGCGUCGCUUCGAAGCCGAUCCCUGCUGGUGGCGACGCGUGGGGCAAAACACCUGA